AUGGGGUCUACUUCUUCUUUGUGGUAUCACUACAAAUCGUGGCAUAAUACUAAUAAUGGAAUCGAUGCAGUACAAUUAACUGAGGAGAGAUUUCGACAUCUUCAGAUAUGUCAUCUUCGACAUCAAUACCAAUUACCAACAGUAGUAUCACAACCACCCCAAAAACGUUUAAAGAGAUCUCAUGUUUCAACUGCAAUUAAAUUUAGACCUGUAGAUAAAAGUCGUGCCGAACUGAUUACUCAGAGUAUUUGUCAAAUGAUUACAAUGGAUAUGCUACCAUUUAGUACGGUAGAAAACAAAGGAUUUCGAAAAUUGAUGUCAGUUAUUGAACCAGACUAUAAAGUACCAUGUAGAAAUACAAUCAUCGUUCGUAUUGAAAAAAUGUAUGAUGAUAAAAUGAUGGAACUAAAGCGUAAUCUAGAAAAUAUAAAAGGUGUAGCAUUAAAUACGGAUGGCUGGACGUCUUUGGCUGUAGAUUCUUAUAUAACAAUCACAUGUCACUACUUUAAUGAAAAUUGGGAACUAUGUACUCAAGUAUUAGGGUUUGAAGAAAUGCGAGAAAACCAUACGGCAGAUAAUAUACAAGACAGUUUAAUUAAUAUUAUUGAAACAUGGAAUUUAACCGGUAAAGUCAUAGGGAUAAGUCACGAUAAUGCUGCAAAUGUAACUAAUGCUGUACGAAAAUUACAAGAACGUGAUAUUUAUUCAAGUCCGUGUGCCGCCCAUACAUUGCAAUUAUCUAUUAAUAAAGGUCUUGAGAAUAGAAUGUGUAGCCAUUUAUUAAAAUUAGCCUCAGACAUAGUUGCUGCUUUUAGGCACUCUCCAAAACGAACAAAUGCUUUAGAAAACAAAAUCAGUACACUACAUAAUCAAAAUUAUUGUUAUUAUUUAAAUAUUUAA